UUGUUUAGACAAAAAUUCUCCAAUAAUUGUGUUGGAAUUAUUGAAUGGAAAUUGGUGAUUUACUAAAAUAUUUGAGAUAUAAUCGAAAAUUGGAACCGUCAGAUUCGCACCCUCUGCGUCUGCAAGAUUUAUUCGCGAUGUUUGAAGAUAUUGCGCGAAGAUGAUAUUACCUAGAAAAUCUGCGUUUUGUUUAUAGAAAUCUCGCAUGCCGAAAUUGCUUAUUGUUAGUAUCCGCGAAAGAUCGUGAGAACGGUGUCAUUAAAAUUGGCGAUUUUGGAUUAUCUUGGGAUGUUUACAAAGAUGAUUAUUAUCGCAUGAAAAGAGGACAAGGUCUUCUUGUUUGCUGGAUGCCACCGGAAUCUUUGGUGUAUGGCGGAGUAUUUACUUCCCAGAGCGACGUUUGGUUAUUCGGGGUUGUGAUGUGAGAAAUUUCAUCGUUGGGUGAGCAUCUCUACACUGGCAAAGUUAAUCAGGAAGUGAUAGAUUAUAUACGCGCUGGAGGCAGGUUGCCGAAGCCUCUCAAUUGUCCAUCGACUUUGUACGAGUUGAUGCGACGUUGUUGGAGUCCAGCAAAUGAUAGAUCAAAUUUCAAACUUUGUUUCGAAAUGAUUAUAGCUCUAAGAAAAAACAUAGAAGAUUCCUUAUUAUAUCCAGUGGUUCCAGAUAUUAUUUAGCCAAUAAAAUAAAAUUAAUUAAUGACAUUAGUUUUCAAAUGAUGCGAUAAGAAGCUCAAGUGUAAAAAAAAAUAAUUUCAAAUAUUCGACCGUUUUUAAGUUUAAUCUUAUAUUGCUAUUGUUAAGUAUCACAAAAGAAUAUCCAAACUUGGCAGUAAUUUUGUGAUAGUCUGUUCAAUCAAUAAAAUAUCGAAGGUACGAUAAAGGAAUAAGAGUGCCGGAUCUAAACAACGGUAUACACGAAUGUUGAUCGUCUCUUUUCCCUAGCGAUCAUCGUAGCGGACACUCUUCUCGACGUAUCUUCUCGACAUAGACACAUAAGUACUAUUCAGAUAGAAAGAACUUUGUAACAAUAAA